UUCCUCCCCUAGUGCCUCGCGUGGUCCGGUCGCGCGGUCCGGUCGUCUGUCACGCAGCGCGCGGGGGCGCAGCUUUCUCGCCGCCCAGGUGAAGCUUCUGGGAGCCUCUAAGGAAGUGCGGAGGAGCCACAUUGGCUGCCGGUAGGAUGUUGGGCCGAAGUCGCCUCACCUUCGUCCUUCUGGCCGCGGCUGUCACCUGUGCUGAGGCGCAGCACGCGCCACCGUGGACAGAAGACUGUAGAAAAUCAACUUAUCCUCCUUCUGGACCAACGUAUAGAGGACCAGUUCCAUGGUACACCAUAAAUCUUGAUUUACCACCCUACAAAAGAUGGCAUGAAUUAAUGGUUGACAAGGGACCAAUGCUAAAGAUUAUAGUGAAUUCCUUUAAGAAUAUGGUAAAUACAUUUGUGCCAAGUGGAAAAGUUAUGCAGAUGGUGGAUCAGAAGUUGCCUGAUCUACUUGGUCAGUUUUCUGGUCCUUAUGAAGAAGAAAUGAAAGGAAUUGCAGACGUUACUGAGAUACCUUUAGGAGAGAUUAUUUCAUUCAACAUUUUUUAUGAAUUGUUUACUAUGUGCACCUCAAUAAUAACUGAAGACAAGAAAGGUCAUCUACUACAUGUUAGAAACAUGGAUUUUGGAAUAUUUCUUGGGUGGAACAUAAAUAAUAACACCUGGGUCAUAACUGAGGAACUAAAACCUUUAACAGUGAAUUUGGACUUCCAAAGAAACAGUAAAACUGUCUUCAAGGCUACAAGCUUUGCUGGCUAUGUGGGCAUGUUAACAGGAUUCAAACCAGGACAGUUUAGUCUUACACUAAACGAACGUUUCAGCAUGAAUGGUGGUUAUCUGGGUCUCCUAGAAUGGAUUUUGGGAAAGAAAGAUGCCUCAUGGAUAGGGUUUAUCACUAGAUCAGUUCUGGAAAAUGCUACAAGCUAUGAAGAAGCCAAGAAUAUACUGGCCAAGACCAAAUUAUUGGCCCCAGCAUACUUUAUUCUGGGAGGUAACCAGUCUGGGGAAGGGUGUGUGAUUACACGAGAAAGAAAGGACUCUUUGGAUAUAUAUGAACUUGAUCCUAAACAGGGUAGAUGGUAUGUGGUACAAACAAACUAUGACCGAUGGAAAAACCCCUUAUUCCUUGAUGAUCGUAGAACACCUGCACAGACGUGUCUAAAACGCACAACCCAAGAGAAUCUCUCAUUUGCAACCUUGUAUGAUAUUCUAUCAACAAAACCUGUCCUCAACAAGCUGACUGUAUUUACAGCCUUGAUGGAUGUUACAAAAAAUCACUAUGAAGCUUACCUUCGGGAUUGUCCAGACCCUUGUGUGGGCUGGUGAGCACACAUCUGCCCUACGGAACAUGCUGAGAUAUGAAGACAUGCUGUCCAGCAUGGUUGACCAAUGCAGCUGUCUGAAUUCCCUCCGAAGGCUAAAGACUCUAGGCUGGUUCUCUGAGUCAUAAGCUAGCCUUUCUCAGUAUUUUUACAUUUAGCAGACUGUUUUUGCCAUCACAAUUGAUUCUUCCUAUUCACAGGUUACUUCUUUAAGUGAAGUAAACAGUCUUCUAGAAUUUGCUGAGAAUCAUUUCUCUUCAACAUUUGCGGAUUGGGAUAAGCAGUUAAACCACCUCCAUAGAAUUUCAAAUCACAAUUCUCUACAGGCAUUUAAACUAGUAACCCUGUGUGACUAAUGUAAAAGUAAAUACUCCACAUUAUUCAGUUUUUUACUUUCAUCAACAUAAUUGUGUAUUUUUCUGUGUAGCAAAAUUUUCCUUCUAACUACUAAGAAAAUUGAUGUAUCAUUGCAUUUGCUAUUAGUGACAGCAAUGUAAUUUCAUUCCAUUUGACUGGGAAGUUGAGACAGACAUUCAGUAUUUCCUUUAAUGGGCAGUAAAUGGGCCUUACUCUGUAAACAUGAAUUAGUCAAUAUCCAACGUAGUUUUUUAUAAAAAGAAUCGCAGCACUCUGUUUUUCAUAAUUAUUCUACCUCCUGGUAACCCAGGAAGUUGCAAAAUUUAAAAAUUUGAGUCUAAGCUGGGCAUGGUGGCACAUGCCUGGAAUCGGGGGACUGAGGCAAAAGGAUCAAAAGUUUGAGCCCAGCCUGGACAACUUAAUGACUCAACAAGACCCUGUCUCAAAAAGGCCCUGGGUUCAAUUCCCCACUGCCAAACAAAACAACCAAAACUGAGUCCAACAUUCUGUGAACUGGUGAAUAAACUUCAAAGACUUGAAAAUAGGAAAUAGGAGGUGAACUAAUUGAAUUUUCACAAGUAUCACUGAUUUAAUACAUAGGUUUUUAGUUUGUCCUUCUGAAAAACAUGUAUUUUAAAAAAACUUUUAAUACAGUAAUUAAAAAUAUUUUUCAGAAAUCUAUAAAAAAUGCUAACAGAACUUGUUAAUCUCUCACAAUUAACUGAAACAUAUGCUAUUUGUGCAAGACUGUGUCCACUUCAUUUUGUAUAAUGUUAGUUGUAUCAUGAUGCUCAAUAAACAUUCAGUCAACACUCAUGCA